AUGGUGCGCCUCAGCGGGCCGCAUCAGCUCGGUCCCGAAGUAACCGGGCUCUUUCAGCAGGCUCGACGAACUCUCCACGAUCUCUUUCCUCCAAUCAGUAUCGAAAUGCCCUAUACCAACCAUGACCAGCCGAAUCAUCCUCGAUCCUCGAUGCCCGCCCUCACUGCUAGUACCGACGAUCUUCAGCUCCAACUGGGCGGCCACGAGCUGAAGAAGGCGGCAACCACCAUUCGGGCCGCCUCGACUGUGGCUUCUGAGCCGGCCGAACGCCGUGGCCACGAAGACACCGACUGGUCGGAAGGUCAUGCAUCAGGUCGGCUUGGCCUCUCGUAUUCAGCCUCCUCUCUGUUGGCCGGGCGUGAAUGGCAGCCCCGACUACACGAUACAUACUCCCGCCAGUGGGACGAGAUGGUCGACAUGCGUUUAACGCAUGCUUAUGCGAGAGUGGAGUCGCUUCUGGCCGCAAUCUCGGCUAAAAAGGUCGGCCGAGAGGCCAUGGCUGAUGCCUUCUGUCAGGCUAAUAGGCAGCGAGACUGUCGGCCAGACUUCUAG